GCAGACGGCGAGGCCGAGCGGGAAGGGCCCCGGACACCGGGGUCAGGACCCUGGACUCGGGGAUCGGAUCCUAGGCCAGGAGGCAGCCCUCCCCGCGGCUGUCUUGCUCCGUAAGGAACGGGGCCGGGCUCCUUCCUGCGCCUUGGCCCGGACCGCUGGGAGGCUGGCCCGCCUGGCCCCCAUGCACUCCCCGUGGUGGGCUCCUCUCCCCAGCUGCCCGCCCGUCGCCAUGCCGCCCCUGUGGUCCCUGCUGCCCCCGCGCCUAUGUCGCCGGUGGCCCCGCAGCCCUCCCUGCCGGCUCCUCGGAGCGGCCGCCGCGCAGCGAUCCAGCCCCAGGAAUUACUAUGAACUGUUGGGGGUGCAUCCUGGUGCCAGCGCUGCAGAAGUGAAACGCGCCUUCUUCGCCAAGUCCAAAGAGCUGCACCCGGAUAGAGACCCUGGAAACCCAGCGCUGCACAGCCGCUUUGUGGAGCUGAGUGAGGCGUACCAGGUGCUCAGCCGUGAGCAGAGCCGCCGCAGCUAUGACCACCAGCUCCGCUCAGCUAGCCCCCCAAAGUCUGCAGGGACCACAGCCCACGCCAAUCCUGCCCGCCAGACACACAGCAGCUCCUGGGAACCCCCCAAUGCGCAGUACUGGGCCCAGUUUCACGGUGUGAGGCCGCAGGGGCCGGGGGCCAGGCAGCAGCAGCACCAGCACAACCAGCGGGUCCUGGGGUACUGCCUCCUGCUCAUGCUGGCUGGCAUGGGCCUGCACUACGCCGCCUUCAGGAAGCUGGAGCAGGUGCACCGUGGCUUCAUGGAUGAAAAGGACCGGAUCAUCACGGCCAUCUACAACGACACCCGGGCCAGGGCCAGGGCAAACAGGGCGAGGCUCCAGCAGGAGCGACUACAGAGGCAGCAGCCAGCGCCCCCCGGAUCUCCCCGGGACCCCAGGAUCGUGCCGGGGGCCCCCAACCCUUGAGGGGCUCACCUGGAUGGGGCCUGCAGUGUGCUCCCAGGGCUCCGCGCUCCCCACAACGCGUGCAAUAAAGUGAUUCUCAGAGCUGAAGUCCAGCCCACUCCUUCGCGUCCAGC